AGACGACCAUUUUUCUUCUGAGCGCCGUUCCAGCAACUUCUCGGAGGAGGUUAUCGUGUCGCCGAUUUUUGCUGUUACGCCACGCUGAGGUUUAAUUGUAUUAAUUUCGUUUGCGUUUAUUCAAACUCGUCAAUGAUGACCAGCAUAAUUAGGAACGCGUUGCGUGCCUCGACUUUGCGCGGCGUUUUCUCAUCGUCGGUCAACAAUCAGUCCGCGAGAUCGUUGUGGAACGUGUGCCGGCAAGAAGUCGCGCCUCUCGCUUCCUCGUUGAAACUGUACGAUGUCCACAGCCGCAGAUGCUACAGCAGAUCACAUACAAAAGCGGAAAAAGAAUUGGUAGAGUUUCUGGCGGAGGAAAUAGUAGCUGAGAAGAAGGCACAGAAGCUGAAAACAAUACCAACAAAUCUGGAUGGUUUCACGGUAUCUUUGAAUGGCGCCGAAGUCAAUCUUGAAAAGAAAGAAGGAACCGAUACAAUUCAUAUUUCCUUCAAUGUGAAUCAUACGGUAGAAACAGAAGCGGAUGCAGAGGUCGAUCCUCGCGCGGACGAAGUCGAACUUGGUGACAUGAAGAGCAAGCCGAGUUUCACAGUAGAUAUUGUAAGAGGCAACCAAACUCUAGGCUUUACAUGUUCCUUCAAUAGCCAACCUGGCGCAUCGGGUGCUGAUGAUAGUUACAAUGACAUCUUUGGCAUUGACGAAAUUACCUUAUACGAAGGAAAAAACACUGAUAAAGUGUAUUCUGUAGCGGGUGAGAUUCUGGAUGGUUAUCUGUAUGACCUUCUGAUGAAUUAUCUCGAAGAAAAAGGUAUUUCGAACGACUUUGCGGCCAAAUUGAUCGAGCUGAGCACGUCCUACGAACAUACGGCGUACGUUAGCUUGUUGGAGGGUUUGUCGAAGUUCACUUCCGGAAAGUAAUUCUAAGAAUUAACAUUUAAGAUUUUAUGAAUUACUAGUUGUAAUUACACACACUAAGUAAGACAGUUGUUAAUAAACGCAUAUAAUACACACAGAAUGAAAACAUAUUGAAGUGUAAUUCGAUCGUUAUUGCGCACGAAAGGCAGUGUAUGUUUCCAAUCUUCAAUAAACUGAAAUGUCCAAGAUAU